AUGGUGCAUUUCGUCGCGCAAAGCACUCACCAACAGCUUGAGCCGGCGGAAGUCGUGUGCGACUUCGAGAGCGCCUUAAUUGAUGCCGUGCAGACUCAGUUCACCAACGCAAUCGUUAUUGGGUGUCUGUUUCACCUGAAGCAGGCGCUCAGGCGUGCGAUGAAGCGGUUCCUGAUACCGGAGGAAGAAUGCGGCAUUGCGAUGACCCGUGGGGUCCUCGACAUGCUAACGGUGGUUGACCACAGCUUGAUUGAGCGAUGCAUCAAGUGGGUUAAACGCGAGAUCAGACAGCGCUGCGACGUCGCUGGAAUUGCGUACUCUAAAGCUAAAUGGCGAGGAUUUUGGGGUUAUUUUCAACGGACGUGGCUGGAGCAGUACGACGUGAGCGUGUGGAACGUGGCCGGCCUGAACAACGAGCUGGUAGCGCGCACGAACAACCCUCUAGAGAGGUUUAACCGUGAGCUCAACGACCGGUUUCCGAAGCCUCGCCCUAGUAUGGCGACUUUCGUGGGUGUCAUCAAGACACUUUCAGCUGAAUACAUUCAGCGUCUGGCUGACGUUCCACGCGGGCGCGCGCGCCGUACUACACGCGAACGUAUUCAGCUGCCCGUACCCGUUGAUCUACCGGACGACAUCCCCGAUGACUCGGACGACGACACGCCUGCGGUUACCGAGCUGCCGUUGGACAGCUCGUCGGAUGAGGAGGACGGAGAAGCUGUGCAAGAGCUUUAA